AAUAAUCCAUAAAAGUUUGGCCUAAAGACACCUUGUCCAUGAAUGUCAUAGGUGAAUACCAAAUAAUUACAUGCACAUGUUAACUUCCAAGCUCUUCUGCCGUUCCAACACAGCAUUCGGAGAAAGACAGCAGCUGCUUGGGCACUACAUACCCUUUUAUUGCUUGGGCUUCAGUGCAACUACAUAGACUCACAAGGAAAUACAUUCUUAACUUAGACUUCUUCUUUUUCUUGUGGUAUGCCAGCCCACUAACGUACAAUUUGCAAUGCGCCGGUAGCCAUCAGAAGAACGAUCCCCCCCAUAGAGCCGACACCAUGUCCUUUACGAAUGCGCCAGUGACGCGCAGUCUUGUCUAUGGACUUAUUGGAGUAUCCAUAGCAGUUAGUCUGCUUGACAUCAAGCACUACUUCUAUAUCUUAGUCGAUCUACAUCUCUGGCAAUUCCACCAGACAUGGAGGGCUCUUAUCUACCAGCUAUGCUAUACGAAUUCAUCGGAGGUGCUGUUUGCUGCUAUGACAAUAUACAACAUGCGAUCGGUAGAGAGGAUGUGGGGGUCAAGGAAGUUCGCUACCUUCAUCUUCGUUAGCUCGUUGUGCACCAGCUUCCUUACCCCCGCGAUCUUGGCCCUCUUCUUGAGGCCACUUACUUGGGGUUUAUUCAACUACCUUCCCGCUGGCCCAACUCCUAUAAUAUUUGCGAUACUAGCUCAGUACCAUGCGAUGAUACCACCGGUAUACAAAUACAAAGUUGCGACCUCGACGUCUGCACAGACGGACGACCAAGCUCAAGGCAUUACUUUCUCUGACAAAUCGUACCGAUAUUUACUUGCAUUCCAGCUGGCCCUCCUGCAGUGGCCUGGCUCCUUGCUUGGGGCACUAGUAGGUUGGAUGGUGGGUUUGUCCUGGAGAAUGGAAGUUUUGCCACGAUCGUUAAUACGAUGGCGUCUACCAGGAUGGGUAGUAGGGAUGCGAACUCAGGGAAGAAGUCAAGAAUUCGAAGGGCUGCGCAGAAGACUCGAGGGAGAGAGUGCAUCUACAGCCGCGGCAACGGGCGUACAGAAUCAAGCCAGUGGUGAGGGUGGAAGGCGAAGGACGAUGGGCCAGCAAGUGAUGGACCAAUUUCGAGGGGCAUUCUAAACUUGCCCGCAAGUAUACAAGGUAUCUGGAAUAUAUCAGUUAAUUUGGGGAUAACAUACCUAGGUGCAUAUAGAAUUAAUGAGCGAAGCCCCCUUAAUACUCCUGUUUGGAGAUAUAAAUCUAUCAAGAUAAGUGGUAAGGUGCACUUCGUCAGAGCUAUAUUCUUCCAAGUUACAUGAUACAGUACUAUGUAACAUCGGUGAAUCUAUUUAGAGCUUGCAUAGGUACAGUUGUACGUAUUAAAGCGCCAGCUUAUCAUAAUCAUCGUCUUCCCGAAC